AUGAACCAGACGUUCAGGCGCAUCACCUCAGGCUUUGCGCAAUCGGGCUCCACCAUACUGGUCGGCAGCACGACCUCGGGCUUCGUGUUCGCCAUUGAUAUCGACACGGGGGACGAGGUGUGGGCCACGCAGGCGUCGGAUCAGAUUGCGGGCGUGAAGGGAGUUACAGCCGGUUAUGAUGGCUUGGUGUUCGUAGCAACCAAUCGAUGUGUCGACCGGUAUUGCUAUCGCUACCGGAGCGUAACGAAUCCCCUGACCCCAGGCAAUUCUUAUGUCCGCGCCCUCCGCGCUACUGACGGCGCCUUCAUUUGGGGCUUCAGGCCCAACUCGCCGUUGUGGAAUUUCGUACCGCAGUUUAGCCAAAGUGGCAAUACUGUGAUGUUCAACGACUACGAGGGUGCUGUCUAUUCGCUGGACAUCGAAUCGGGCACUCUUCAGUGGAGGGCCGAAGGUGCAAUGGGAACCCACACUCAGGCGAGUUGUGUCUACAACGGCGAAACCAACCAGGUGUUUGCGUUGGGCGUUGCGCACUACGAUGGCGACUUCUGCAAUCCGUACGUCCCUAAAGGCAUCCAGCCGCCGUGCGGCACAGGGAACGACUGGCCCGGCUGGGUCAGGGCACUCAACGCCAGCUCCGGGCGGGUGGAGUGGGAGACCCCGCUCCCGCAGCCGCCCGCGGGUGCGGCCGUGGGCUACCUGAACACCCCGAGGUUCCACACGCGCCUCGUCGUGACGAUGGGCUUCAACUGUCACUACGGGGCCAAGUCCGAGUUGUGGACCAUCAGCCCCGAGAGCGGCCACCCGCGCGUGAAGGUCGAGGGCCCCACGCUGUGGACGGCGCGGUGCGCGGGCGACCAAGAGGGGGGCGACGUGCGCCGGGCGCAGACUGGGCGGGCCUACUGCGAGCCGGGCUCCUGGUCCACCCCAGUCAUCGACGGCAACGGCGACAUCUUCGUCGGCAGCCAGGUCGGGGAGCUGCAGCGGUUGGGCGCUGACUCCGCGGCCGCGACGGGGUCCAAGGAUUUCAGGCUGCUCUCCACGCUGACUACGGACGUGGCCUUCCAGGACGGGAGGACAAGGGAGCCAUCGCGCUGGCACCGAACAUCAUGGCCGUGUCGACGUGCACCUCUCUCAUCGUCUUCCACGCGUACCUCAACAAUGAGUCGUUCGGGCUCAACGGGACGUGGGAGUUCAUGCCUGGGCGCGAGAACUACCCGGCCUGGGAGGUCGAAACGUGAGUGGCUGGCUGAGGUGCGCCAUUGCACGUGGCGUGAUCAGGGCGCGCCGCUCGAUCCUCGCGCGUGUAGCCAGACCCCUGACGACUCGGAACGAUCAGACCCAUACGAGCUGCUGCUCUUCUUGUUCGCGUCAUGGGCACGGGCGCAGAGGGAGACCCCUCUGCUUGCCCUGCGAUUGCAAUUAUAA